AUGGGUCUCUCCGUCUCACGUCUGCUCUCAGGCCUCUUUGGCAAGAAGGAAAUGCGUAUAUUGAUGGUUGGUCUCGACGCCGCUGGUAAGACCACCAUUCUAUACAAACUCAAGCUGGGAGAAAUCGUCACGACAAUUCCAACUAUUGGCUUCAACGUCGAGACCGUUGAGUACAAGAACAUCUCAUUCACCGUCUGGGACGUUGGUGGUCAGGACAAGAUCCGACCUCUCUGGAGGCAUUACUUCCAAAACACCCAGGGCAUCAUUUUCGUCGUCGACUCCAAUGAUCGGGAACGUGUCUCCGAAGCCCGCGAAGAACUGCAACGGAUGUUGAACGAGGACGAACUCCGCGAUGCCCUCCUCCUUGUCUUCGCCAACAAGCAGGAUCUCCCCAAUGCCAUGAACGCCGCCGAAAUCACUGACAAACUCGGCCUCCACGGGCUGAGACAACGAACAUGGUACAUCCAGGCUGCGUGUGCGACAUCUGGCGAUGGUCUUUAUGAGGGCUUGGAGUGGCUGAGCGCGAACAUCAAGCGACGAGUGUAA